UUUCAAGAACCUGUUUGAGUAUAUAUUAUCCUGUGUUUAAACCAACACCAAAAUCUUUGUUAUUCACGAAACCGCGAUAGCUCUUUCCUUAUCUUCUCCGAAUCCGAGGAGUGGUAGUAAUUUGUGGUUUUUCACAAUCACUACCUCGUUUCAUCUUAAUUCUGUUAAUUGGCUUGCAACUUUAACCUUCCAGAUAUGGAAAAUUUGGCUUCCAUUCAUUAAAGUAUAAAGUUUGUGGCUUUCAAACAAUUAUAUGGGGAGUUGUGUGUCUAAGAAUAAAGCUAGGGAUAAUGAUUCUGAUCAUAAUGUGGAUUUUGCUGCUGGGAAUGUGAAACUUAUUACCACCAAAGAAGCGUGGGACCAAUAUUUGGAAGAAGCAAGGAGGGAUGGCAAAAUUGUGAUUGCAAAUUUCAGUGCAGCAUGGUGUGGUCCUUGUAAGAUGAUUGCACCAUAUUACUGUGAAUUAUCUGAGAAAUACACUUCUAUGAUGUUCUUGGUAGUUGAUGUGGAUGAACUAACUGACUUUAGCACUUCAUGGGACAUCAAAGCCACACCAACUUUCUUCUUUCUUAAAGAUGGACAACAACUUGACAAACUUGUAGGAGCCAACAAGCCAGAACUGCAGAAGAAGAUUGUUGCCAUUAAUGAUUCGCUUCCCGAAUAUAAGCAGUGACUGUUUUCUUAUUCAUGUUGCUGUGCCCUUUGUCCUUUCACAAGUCAUAACUAGUGUUCUACAUUUUUUUUUCCCGUGAGUGUCGUUGUAUUCUUCCUCGGAUGUAAAUAUAAGACAUGGCACAUGAAUUUCUCCAAUCCAAAGUGAUGUUGCUGUAGUUAGUUAGAACAAGCCUGUUUUGCAAAUAUAAAAAUUUGUUGUAUUUUGUUGUUUAAGCAAAUUCAAUUUUGUGUCAUGCCAUAUGGCUCAAUUCCCAUUGAUCAAUCGGUGGCUUGGCAUUUGGUUGUGACUACA